AUGGAAACCGGUCAUCAUGUCUUGGUUCCUGUCUUUGGAAUUCUGGGCAAUACUGCUAGCUUCUUGGUCUACUUUGCCCCCAUAGUUACCUUCUAUGACAUCUAUUGUGGGGGAUCAACCCUAGAUUAUGAUGCUGUUCCAUACUCGAUGGCACUCUUCUGUGCCACGCUGUCGUUGUAUUAUGCCUACCUUAAGGGCAAUGAAGAAACAUUGCUUAUCGCCACAAGCUCAUUUGGUUGCGGCAUUGAAGUGGUUUAUCUCAUCAUAUUUUACAUUUUUGCAACCAAUAGAGUCAGGGUAAUCAUAUUGUAA